AUGGAACCAAAUCCAGUUAUUAUUGCCGCUACUGCAAAACAAACAGCGUCGCUUAUAUUUUUACAUGGAUUGGGAGACACAGGCCAUGGUUGGGCUAGCACAAUUGCCGCUAUUAGAGGGCCCCAUGUUAAGGUGAUUUGCCCCACGGCGUCUACGAUGCCGGUUACGCUUAACGCGGGCUUCCGGAUGCCCUCUUGGUUUGAUUUGAGAACAUUAGAUGCAACAGCUCCAGAAGAUGAGGAAGGGAUUGUCAGAGCAACAAAUCUUGUACAUGGAUUGAUUGCUGAUGAACUCAAAGGUGGAAUUCCAGCAAAUAGAAUUUUGUUGGGUGGAUUCUCUCAAGGCGGUGCAUUGGCACUUCAUGCGGCCUUAACAUAUCCGGAGCCCCUUGCGGGUGUUAUGUCACUCUCCUGUUGGCUGCCGAGACAUGCUCACUUCCCCGAUGCUGUGAAAUCUCCCAAAGAGCUACCUAUAUUCCAAGCGCAUGGUGAUUGUGAUCCCGUCGUGCCGUACAAGUGGGGUCAAAUGACCGCUUCGUUUCUGAAGACUUUCAUGAAGAACAUUGAAUUCAACACAUAUCAGGGCCUCUCGCACAGCUCGUCAGAAGCGGAACUUAAAGACAUGAGAGCAUUUAUAGAGAAAACUUUACCAGCUGGCAAAUAA